CACCAUCGCCACCAAACUCACACCAUCCCACCAUCAGAGCCAGAGUAUAUAGCCAGCAUCCAACAUGUCAUUCAUAGCCAAAUUGAAAGCCACACCAUUGCCGCCGCUCAGAAACAUACUCAAUGUGGCCGUGCAAACGGCCAGACAGCAAAUUCCAGAGCGCAAGGAUUACGAACAGCCGCCGGGUAGUACACACCACCCCCAGCAGCAGCAACAGCACCACCAACAGCCGGGUCACCAGGCCAUGGACUAUGCGGGUAUGGAAGGCGGCGACCAGUCCACGGAAAUGAGCUCUAAUCCAUUCCGGAAUGCCGGCAACUGGACAACAGAGGGUGAGGGCGAGGGCGGUGGCGAGUACAAAGGCGAGUACCAGAGCACAUCCUUCAACGAGUACGAUGGCAGGUACCAGCAAACCGAUGGCUUCAGACAAGGAAGCAUCGCCUCGGAGGGCAGCUCAUUCGUCUGCGAGGGAGAGGGUGGCGGCGGCUGCAAGAUCGACGAGUUUCAGGCAGGCUGGAAUGUGACCAACGCCAUUCAGGGCAUGUUCAUUGUAUCGCUGCCAUUCGCCGUGCUCCACGGCGGCUACUGGGCCAUCGUGGCCAUGGUGGGCAUUGCACACAUCUGCUGCUACACGGGAAAGGUGCUGGUGCAGUGCCUCUACGAACCGGAUCCGGCCACGGGACAAAUGGUGCGUGUACGCGACAGCUACGUGGCCAUCGCCAAGGUAUGUUUCGGUCCCAAGCUGGGUGCUCGCGCCGUCAGCAUUGCCCAGCUCAUUGAGCUCCUGAUGACCUGCAUCCUGUACGUGGUGGUGUGCGGAGAUCUAUUGGCCGGCACCUAUCCACAGGGAUCGUUCGAUUCGCGCUCCUGGAUGCUGUUCGUGGGCAUCUUCCUGCUGCCCAUGGGCUUCCUCAAGUCCCUGAAGAUGGUGUCGACCCUGUCGUUCUGGUGCACAAUGUCGCACAUCGUGAUAAACGCCGUGAUCCUGGGCUACUGCCUGCUACAGAUCGGAGACUGGGGCUGGUCCAAGGUCCGCUUCAGCAUCGACAUGGAGAACUUUCCCAUUUCCCUGGGCGUGAUCGUCUUCUCGUACACCUCCCAAAUCUUCUUGCCCACUCUCGAGGGCAACAUGAUCGAUCGCUCAAAGUUCAACUGGAUGCUGGACUGGUCGCAUAUUGCGGCAGCGGUGUUUAAGGCCGGAUUCGGCUACAUAUGUUUCCUUACCUUCCAGAACGACACCCAGCAGGUCAUCACCAACAACCUGCACUCGCAGGGCUUCAAGGGACUGGUGAACUUCUUCCUGGUCAUCAAGGCCGUGCUUAGCUACCCCUUGCCAUACUAUGCCGCUUGUGAGCUGCUCGAACGGAACUUUUUCCGGGGUCCGCCGAAGACCAAGUUCCCGACCAUCUGGAACUUGGACGGGGAACUGAAAGUUUGGGGCCUGGGCUUCCGGGUGGGCGUUAUCGUGUCCACCAUACUGAUGGCCAUUUUCAUUCCCCACUUCUCCAUUUUGAUGGGCUUUAUUGGCAGCUUCACCGGCACCAUGCUUAGUUUUAUCUGGCCCUGCUAUUUCCACAUCAAGAUCAAGGGGCACCUGCUCGACCAGAAGGAAAUAGCCAAAGACUACCUCAUCAUUGGGCUCGGCGUGCUCUUCGGCGUCAUCGGUAUCUACGAUUCGGGCAAUGCCCUAAUUAAUGCAUUCGAAAUCGGUCUUCCAUUCUAAGCGAAUAACUCCAUGAUUUAUAGUCGAAAUCCUCCUAAUUUUGGGCAUGGCAAGUCUUCCAGAUGCUUGGGCAUCCAUUGGCUGUGCCCAGAACACCGGGAAUUCUAAUACUCGAAACGAAAUCGAAAACAAUAAUGUUAGUAUUUAAGAAACGAAACGCAAGUCUUCCAAACAAGCGAACAAAUGUCUUCCAAACACAAAUAAUAAUGAUUUAUGAUAUAUAUAUGGUAUUAAACACGUAGUCUAAGCGAAUCGAUGAGUAUAUAUUAAUGAAAAUAUAUAUAUAUAUAUAUACAUUGUACGAUUAUGAAAAAAAAGAGAAAUAUUUAUUGUAUUAACAUGAAUUAUAGAGAAAUUGAACAGAGAACAACAAUAAACUGCAUAUGUACACCAUUAUACAAAAAGAAAUCGAAAAGUACGAGUUAUAGAUAGAAAUCAUUGUUUAUAUAUACAUGUGUGCGUAUAUAUAUAGUCGAGUCGAUUUUUUUAAUGUUUAAAUUUACAGUUACCUAUACAUACUAGCCUUUAAAACGACACUAGCAUCUUAUAAAUUCUCAAUAAAGACGUCAUCUCCAGUUGAUCCUUAAAAAA